UUAAGAGAAAACAAUGGCAAAAUAUUUCCAAGAAAAGGAAAGGGAAAGAUCAACGCACCGCACAUCACCGUUUCUCGUCUUUCGUUUCAUUUUCUUCUGCAUUUUCCACCUAAACCAACCUCAAGUCUCACACUUUCUAGUCUUGCAAACACAGCUUAGAAAACCCAAAAAAGAAAAGCCGCAGAGAAAGGAGAGGAAGACCAGGGUUUCACCAUGGAUAGGCUGGUGAAGCCAGACGUGAAGGAGGUGGAGCUGAGCUUCAAGAGUGGCCAGAAGUGCAGCGCAGUCUUUAGGUUGACGAACCUCAUGCACACCAUGACCGUCGCAGUCUCUCUCAGCACCACAAAUCCUGGUGUCUUCUCCUUUCCCCAACCUUUCUCCAUAAUCCCGCCUCUGUCCUCUGCAACCUACACGCUUCUCUCUCAGCCGUCGGAUCAGCCCCCUCUCCGCUCCCCUCACGACGUCAUCACCGUCCGUUCCGCCAUGCUCCCCACCGGAAAGGCCCACCAGGAGGAUCUCCGCCGUCUGUUCUCCGCCCCCGGCCGCCACGUGUUCAGGGACGCCAUCAUCCCUAUCUCCUUCGUCGGUCCACAGGUCGUCGAGUUUCUGAUCUCUCAUCACACCAGAGUCCCGGAGGUGAAUUCCUCUCUGAAUAAAGCGAUCUCGGGGUGUUCCGAGUCUCAGCUCGCGAAAUUGCUAAACCUGGCCGUGCGAUCGGAGAACGCGGAUUUGGUCUCUGCUCUGAUCGACAACGGUGGCGAUGUGAACUUCAGAGAUUCCGAUGGAAGAUCGCUGCUAUCUUCGGCCGUCAUGUCAGGCAAGAUCGAGGUAGUGAAGGUGUUGAUAGCGUCCGGUUGCGAAAUCGAUAACUCGAUCGACAAGGUUUUGUACGAAGCGGCGGCGAAGAACCGAGUCGAUUUGAUUGAAAUUCUCUGCAAGAGCAGGUCGAACAUCAACGUGAAUUCGGUCGAUUUGGAUACUCGGACUGCGAUUCACGUCGCCGCCGCUCGCGGCCACGUCGAAGCCCUAAAAUUCCUGCUCUCGAUCGGCGGAAACGCCGAUUUAGCGGACGACAGAGGAUGGACGCCGCUCCACCAUUCUUCAGCGGCGGGCCACCUGGAAGCAGUCGGAACCCUACUGGAGCACUCCAACGCGAAGUACGCCGUCGAUAUAGACGGAAAGACGGCGUUCGCCCUCGCCGCCGAGAACGGCCACGCCGAGCUGCUCCCGCUGCUGCGGCUGAACGACGCGCUCCACCGGGCGUCGAGGCUGGGCGACGUGAGCGGGGUGAAGAGCUGCCUGGCGGAGGGGGCGGCGGUGGACGGGAGGGACCAGAACGGUUGGACGGCGCUGCACAGGGCGGCGUUCAAGGGGAGGAUCGAGUGCGCGAGGGUUUUGCUUACCCAUGGGGCGCAGGUGGACGCCGUCGACGACGCAGGGUACACGCCGCUCCACUGCGCGGUGGAGGCGGGACAUGCAGCAGUGGCGAUGCUGCUCAUAGCUCACGGGGCUCGGGCGAACGGGAAGAGUCUGAAGGGAGUUGUUCCUCUGAAUCUGGAUCGGUUCAAGAAUCAUCCGGCUCUUGUUGCUCGCUCGUUGUGUCGUGAGAAAGAGCGGGCUUGAGACGCCGCCAUUGUUGUGUUUGUUGAGGUGCUUCUGGUAAAGCGCUCUAAUUUGUAUAUAACUAAUUACGUGGUUUUCGUUUCAGUGUUGGGGUAGAGAGAAACACAGAGAAGAGAACGGAUUCUGUUUUGUGUAUGUUCCGCUCCUCAACCGAUUAAGCUUGAUAAAUCAGUUUUUGUGUAACAUGUACAUUAUGAACUAUGGAUUCAUGAAAUGAAUUCAGAUUUUUGUUUUU